GUCAGUAGCCGCAGCUCGGCAGCAAGACAUGCAUGUGUUUUGACAUUUUAAAAAAAGAAAAAUCAUUUUCAUGUAGCUGACUUCCCGACUCGCAGCGCGACGCCCUGAUCCUGUUUGAGAGGUUGAAACAUGAACCCCGUGUUUCGAAAGUUGCAGGCAGUCAAUCAAGUGCUGACAUUAUGCCGGGCCACACCGUGUAUCCAGCGUCCUGUGUGGGAUUCUGUCGACAAACGACAAUACAAGUCCAUGCCAACGCACGGGAUUGGUCGGUGGAGACAUUUUAUACCUAGAGAACCGCCAAAGAAAAAGAAAGACAAACACCAGAUGAAGCCGAUCCUGGCGGCGACAGACACCGCGUAUGGGUCUCUGAGUGUCCGAGUGUCGGGUCAUGACAUGACACUGGUGGAGCACUACUCGCAGUACAUCCACAACCUCUGCAACCGACUCGGCAUCAAAGUGGCCGAAAGUUACGCUUUGCCGACCAAGACCACAGAGGUCAUGCUGAUGCAGGAGCAAGGCACCAAGAUGUUCGUCGAGGCCGUUCUGAAAACUCACCAGAGAGUCGUUCAGUUGAGCAGUCUAGACGCCACACUGUGUCCGCUCUUCAUGGGCGUUGUUCUCAAAAACCAACCGGAAGGAGUUCGACUUUCUGUGAAGGAGCACACGGAGGCCGACUUCCACUCACGUUUCAAGGGUCGUCCAGAGCUCGAGGGGCUCAUGGCUCAGAUAAACCAAUAGGCUCUUCAGACAUUCAACGUUAUUUAGUGUAUUUAUUCUGCAGCAUUCUUUCUUUGAAUGCUUUAAAAGGUGAUACUUUACAUUUCAAAUUGCUGUAUACUUCAAGUUCAACUCUGCAUUGUGACUUCUUGAAGAUUAAACAUUGUCUCAUUUGCCUUUGAAGUUGGAAAGAAGUCUGUAAUAAAUGAUUUAUAUACCAUA